AUGUGCCGUGCCGAGGCGCCUGUCUCCGUCGGGAUCUUUUCCUUGCGAUGCGAGAAGGGAACCCUCUUUGGAUACUUACUGCUAGACGGGGCUGUGGCCGAAGUCGUUAGGGUGCUACUUGCAGACACUAAUCUGGCCAGGGCGCCUCAAGGCAUCGAAGGCCCGAAGCUAUGUCUCAUGGCAGACAUCUUCCAUACAAACUUCGUCACUGCAAACAAUGUAUUGGGCAUAUUGAACUCGCGAACUGUUCACGACAGCAUCGUCGUUUUGUUAGGAUGCCACCCGGUGGAUCUUUGUGCAUUAAUUGCCGCCUUGGAGUUCAAGCUAUGGGUUAUCCUAGCCAUUGACGGCGUCGAUUCUCGCCUGUCUAUAGUUAAAAGCCUGGCGCUGAGCCUUGGAAUUAUCAAACCAACCGCCAGGGCUUAG